AUGCCGCUGGACAAGCAGCGGCACCUCCGCUACUGGCAGCGCUGUCAUCGGACCCUCCUCCCAACCCAGUACACCAGCCACGACAGCACUCGGAUGGCUCUGGCCUUCUUUAUUAUCGCUGCUAUUGAUCUGAUUUCGCCGCCGACUUCCUCUGGCGAGCCACCAUAUCUCACGCGGAAAGACCGUUCCAAGAUCCGCUCUUGGGUCCUCAGUCUCCAGCAUCCCGGCGGUGGCUUCUGCGGCUCGCCGACCCAUGCUUCCCCAGCCGAGGCGCGGAAACAUACCGCCCAGCAGACCGGCACGGCAAACCUCGCAGCCACGUAUUUUGCUCUCCUUUUACUCGCCUUGGCUGCCGAGGGAGAUGGCCGGCAUGCCCUCGACGGCGUGAAUCGUCGUGAGACCCUGCGUUGGCUGAGAAGGCUGCAACGACAGGAUGGAAGCUUCGGGGAGGUUGUGUUAGAUGAUGGGUCGAUUGCCGGGGGACGGGACAUGCGGUACUGCUACCUGGCCGCUGUGAUUAGGUGGUGUCUUCGCGGAGAUGCAAAGGAAGGGGCUGGGGCCUGGGUGGAGGACAUUGAUGUUGAUGGUCUGGUGGAACAUAUUCGUUGCGGCCAGACCUUCGAUGGAGGGGUUUCUGAGAGUUCCCAGCACGAGGCACACGCGGGGUACGCUUACUGCGCCGUCGGGGCGCUUUACAUGCUUGGCCGGCCCCUCGAAAAGGACGGGGAACCCGAGGAAAAUGGCCCCCUCGACCGCGGCAUUCCCCAUUUCGACGCGCUGGUCAAAUUCCUCGUUGAUCGGCAAUUCGCAUUCCUCGAGUCGCCACAAGGGCACGGGGAUGAUUCCGAAGAUGACCAGGAUUCAGUCAAUUUCGCCCUCCCUUCAGCGUUGGAAGAUUUGUCACUCGAGGAGAACACCACGUUCGUUGGCUUCAACGGCCGCUGCAACAAAGUCGCCGAUACCUGCUACUGCUGGUGGGUUGGCGGAACUCUGUCCGUGAACAUUCUCUCCGUGCAACCCGCGCGCAACUUUCUCCUCUCCAAAACCCAGCACCUCAUCGGCGGCUUCUCCAAGUACCCCGGGGGACCUCCUGAUAUCUACCACUCGUACCUCGGUCUCGCCGCCUUGGCCACCAUGGGCGACGCGACUUUGAAGGGGUUUGAUGCACCCCUUUGUGUCAGCGCAGAGACGGUACGUAAGCUGGAAGCUGCGAGGAGGGUCUUGGUCGCUUCGGAUGAGGCGCGGGGGACUUGGGCGGCGAAGAGUCGGUCCACGGCCGAUGCCUUCUGGAAGGGCAAGGAGCCGGUUUGGGUAGAUAAGGAGAUUGAUGCGGAUACGAGAGAGAGAUUACGCCAGGCUUUGCAUGCUUUGCGGUGA